AUGGCUACAGACAUUGUUGCGCAGGAGGUGUAUCUCGAUGUGAGACAAGAUAGCAGUGGCCUUCUGUCGCCCCCAAAAUCUCCACGGAGACCUCCCGUCUCGCCACCACCUUCGUCGUCCCUGCUGAAAUUGCAGCAGCUUGGUCUGGAGCUAGGUCCAUCGAGCUCGAGCCUGAGCCUCCAUGCGCCGUCGUACAACAGCUCUAUUCGCACCACGCCUUCAGAUCUGGACAAGCCACUCCCGCUUGAGCCGCCCGAGAUCGACCGCAGAGCCUCGAGCGUGUACAGCGUGUCGACUACGAUCUCAAACAUAAUUUCACUUUACAACGGCCAUGAUGCGGAAGAAGCAGCCCUGUCUAGCCCACAAAGGGCGCAGGCUUAUAGAGACACCCUCGCUCCACUGAUGGCUGCACGCUACAGUGGCGGAGCAUCCCCUCCUCCGCUCCCACUAGUCAUCAGGAAGUCCAGCGGCGCCGAAUCUCCACCACCUCUGGCCGACCACCUUGCCGUUGAUAGCUCGAUCUACCCACGGACGCGUUCUCCAAGCAUACUCCCAUCGCCCAGCAUCUACCAAGACGUAACGCCGCCCAUGUCGCCUAACAUUACUGAGGUGCCAGCAUUGCCUUUCGCACUUGAAAGAACAACGAACUAUUCCCCAGACCCGCCACAGCAAAUUGCGGUCUCGCCAGAAGUCCAUCCGCAGAGGUCUCCGCCUGUAUCGCCUGCAGACAGCAAGAACGCGCCGAGCUUCAGCGAAUUCACUCGCAAUUUGUCUCAAAAGCGAGGUGACAUCGUCUCUCCCUUGUCGUCGGAGGACACGGAGAGCUAUCACCGACAUCUUGCUCUCGCAGCGCUUGCUCCUCCGACGCCAAAAGAAUCGCCCAACAUGCAUCCUGUGGCAUUCGAUACCAGUGACAGUCAUCUACCCGGACCAAUGUCAGGGACCAUCAGCCACGUGGUCACCAACGACAUGAUUCCGCCUCCACUGGACUUAAGUCGAGCCAGCCGCAGUAUCUCGCCGCCAGAAAUCGCACAGCGUGCGCAGUCUGCUGGGGACAAUAACAGCUUUCAGGAAUUUCUGCAAGUCCAAGCACGGAAGAAUAGCUCGAUAGUCUCCUCCACAGACAAGUUUGUUCAUUAUCAGCCCUCAAUCGAGCCUGGACCGGAUCAGGAGAUGCUCACAUCGCAGCGAUUUACUGAGGAUGAGAAGCAUAGGAUCAUGUCGUACGCGUCGGAGAAAUACCCGGGCAUGAAUGUUACACCUCAACAUAAGCCGAAACGGUCGAGUACAAUCUCGAGCAUGUCGACACGGGCUACAGGUGUAAUUAUGCGAGCGAUGUCAGUGCGCAAGAGCGUGGAGUCCUCGGCCACGGCAAAUACUGCAAACACCGCCCGCACAAGCGACUGGACGCCACCACGGAAGAAUCUCGCCAUUCAGCCAACAUCUUAUCAGCUUUAUGGCGAAGCAUCAUGGGAGAAAGAUGACAAGAAGAAGCGUAGGAGAGACAAGCGCUCUAGCAAAGACUCGAACAAGACAGAUGAUGGUGAGAAGAUGGGCUUCUUUGAGGGUGCAAAGCACAAGCUCACAAGGACUGCGUCUGAAAAGAGACGAGAGAAGCUCAAGAAUAAGAUCAAGUUGGUUGGACCUACAGAGAUCACAAAAGGCGUGCAUGCAAGGGAAGACCCGAGGAAAUGGUGGGAGUAG